AAGUUUUAUAUAUAAAAAUAAUAAAAAUCAACGACUGAAAAACUUAUACGGCUUUGAUACGACUUUAUACGGAUCUUUUUUACCUUUAACGGAUCAUCGCUAAACUAUGGACAAGAGAAUCUUCGACGAUUACUUGAACUCGGUGGGAUCUGACGAGAGCAUCCUGUCCGUGAUCGAGCCCUCCACUGAAGGUAUGCUGACAGGGAAGUCUUGCAAGGCCAAGAAAAAGCCUACAUGUGCCCGGAAACAGAAGAAGUGCUCGAAGCCUAAGAAGACGUGCAAGUCAAAACCUAAGAAAACCUGCAAGCCCGGUCCUAUUAUGAAUAAUGGAUACCUUAACUUCGUGCGUGCCUACCGGGAAAAACACAGUUCCAUGAAGCCACAGGAACUGAUUAGAAGGGCGGCCAGAGCCUGGUGCCGUUUAUCCGAGGAAAAAAAAAAUAUAUACCGGCGCAUGGCUUGCAAAGUUACAACUAGUGAAAGACAUAAAAGACGCAAAGUUUGCAAUCCUGAAAAAUGCGAGAAAUAUUAG